CCAAAACGAUCUCAACUCACAUCAACACAACACAACCCAACCCAACCGAAAUUAAAUUACGAGUGAGAAAUCGACGGUCAGGAUUGAAUCGGAAAAAUGUCGUGGCAAUCAUACGUCGAUGACCAUCUGAUGUGCGAUAUGGAUGGUCAACAUCUCACCGCCGCCGCCAUUAUCGGCCACGACGGUAGUGUCUGGGCCCAGAGCUCCACCUUCCCUCAGUUUAAGCCUGAAGAAAUUGUUGCAAUCAUGAAAGAUUUUGAUGAACCUGGGUCUCUUGCCCCAACUGGGUUGCACCUAGGUGGCAUCAAGUACAUGGUUAUUAUGGGUGAACAAGGAGCUGUCAUUCGUGGAAAGAAGGGUGCUGGUGGCAUCACGGUGAAGAAAACCGGUGCAGCUAUGAUUAUUGGCAUUUAUGAUGAGCCAAUGACUCCGGGACAAUGUAACAUGAUCGUUGAGAGGUUGGGAGAUUACCUUAUUGAUCAGAACCUCUAAAUUGUCUCAGGCUCAGCAGAUUUCCAUCUUUAGAUCUUUCUAUGUCAUGUUUUGGGCUUGCAUUGUUUUCCUGCUUUGGCCUUGAAUUGGUACUGAAGUUGUUCCUGAAAUAACCGUUUCUGGACAGAAGCAAUGAUAUAUCCGUCGUCUUAGGAUCGUUCAUUUAUUUCUUCGAAUUUUCUCAUUUCUUUGAUUUGUGUAUUUAUUAUUACUAUUCAGUUUGCUCCUAUUGAGUAUUGAGUCAACUGUUUUCUUUUAUAACUUUUGUGAGUCUUUGAACUCUCAUGGCAAUUGGUAUGGUAAGAUAAAACUAUUAUAUUUGGGAUGAUUAAAUGAAAUAAUAUUGCAUCAUUUUGUA